AUGAGUAUCCAAGAUGCCAAUAUCAACGAGAUUAUCGAGAUGGACAAGAACUAUCUCGAGCGCAUCACACUACGGAAGAAGACCCUGGUCGAGCAUGCAGAUACCGUCCUCGGUGCUGAGGAUUGUGUCAAGCCAGCUGUAGACGAAUUCUACACUUGGCUUGUCGGGACUUAUCUCCCAACUCGAUACCCUACCAUGUUUCAAAUCCUGCUAGCAACUAGCGAUCAGUCAGGAUAUCUGCACAGUCUGAUCACAAAUGAGCAAUUCCCUCUUCUCCCACACGCUCAUCCUCGGGACACGCUUCGUGUUAUGGGUGGAUUGAUUGACGACGACCUCCUCUUCCUGAUGCCAUCAGAUGAUGGCGAUAGCGUCACCCUUAGAGGCUUUGUAACCUGCUGUCCGAACGGCUUCAACACAGCGGAGAAACUGAACCUUAAGCUUCGAGAUAUCCACACACCAGUGCCGCACUACAAAGAGAAAUUAGAGAAAAGCAUGGAUCGAUUUUUCGACAAAAUCAAAGUCGGCAAAUUUGUGAAGCGUGCCAAUUGGACUAUUCAAAAUACUGAUCGGCUGUUCCGGCCAGCUGGGAAUCAUGGUUAUGAGGGUGAGGAAACCACAAAAGAAGACCUGAAUCUCGGAAUUGCCCGCGUACGUGUUGAGAGACAGUUCCUCCACCGUCUCCCACAAACAAGAGCCCUUCUGUUCUCGUUUAAAACGCUGUUAUACACGCUACCCGAGAUCAAGGAAGAAGGGCUCGGUGAAGCUCUUGCAGAAGCUAUCGAUGGCAUGAAACAAGGAAAUGCGCCUGGUUUCCAUUACUACAAGCGGGCUGCGGUUUGGGGCGAGUCCGCGAAGGCGUAUCUACGUAGUUGA